AUGAGGCUUCUCAACCCGGUAAUACCGCUGGUUGUCGGCGUCCUGUCGCUCUUCACAGAUGGCGUACAAGCCCGAUCGCAGGCGCCGAACGCUAUUCGACGAGUAUCCUCACUCGAGCAACCAACGAUCAAGGCGGCGUCGAAAACGAACCGCGUUGACCAUCUUUCACAUUUCGAUAUCACGUUUACGAUACGGGACAAGGAUCAGCGGAUAAAGCUCGAGUUGGAGCCGAAUCACGAUAUUCUUGCCGACGAUGCAUAUGUGCAGUACCUCGGUGCGGACGGCAAGAUCCAUACGGAAGAGCCGAUAUUGCGAGAUAAGCACAAGGUCUUCAAGGGAAGGACGUUAAUCGGACGUGGGAAGGGACAAGGGACGUGGGAGCCUGCUGGAUGGACGAGGAUAUACAUAAAGGAAGACGGCCCUCGGCCGCUCUUCGAGGGCGUCUUUAACAUCCGCGGCGACAACCACCAUGUUCAGUUGCAAACAACCUAUCUCCAAAGGAAGCGCCCUCAGGAUGUUGAGAUCCCUAGACAGGAUGAAGAGUACAUGGUGUUUUACCGCGACUCGGACUUGCUACGGGCCGAGACUCCUGGACGUACAGACCUUAAACGAUCCCUAACGAAGGACGACGAGCAUGAACUCGAAUCACGCUGGAAUACGAUUGGCUCUACGUGUGAGGCCGACAAGCUUGAAUUUAAUUCGGAUCCCGAGCACCCUGUCCUACGGUCUUUCACCGAGCAAAAGAGUAGUUGGGCUUCUAUGCCAAUGGCCGACCUCUUUGGUCUAGGCUUCAGCAAACGAAACGACAUCAAUACUGUGACUGGCAACGGUGGUGGAGUUAAUCUACAAGCCACGAUUGGUGAUACGAGUGGCUGCCCAAAUACGAAAAAAGUGGCUUUGGUUGGAGUUGCGACGGACUGCUCAUUUUGGGAGAAAUUCGAUGGUAAGGAUGACGUUCAAUCGUCAGUGGUUAGCAUGGUUAACAGCGCCUCGGAUGUCUUUGAGAGCUCUUUCAACAUCUCCCUCGGCUUACGGAACUUGACGAUCACAGAUAGAGAGUGCUCAGAUACUUCCUCCUCUGCCGUCCAAUGGAACAUGCCAUGCUCGCAAGGCAACAUCACUCAACGGUUAGAUUUGUUCUCCGACUGGCGCGGGGAGCAGUCAGAUGAUAACGCAUACUGGACCUUGAUGAGCGACUGCAACACCGGUGCGGAGGUUGGCCUGGCAUGGCUGGGUCAGCUAUGCAACAACAAAGCCUCUGGUUCGGUCAGCGGGACCAAUGUUGUCGUGUCUACCGGCACCGCUGGAUGGCAGAUCUUCGCCCACGAAUCUGGCCACACUUUUGGAGCUGUCCAUGACUGCACAGACCAAACAUGCAGCUCCAACCAACAGUCCUCAUCAUCUAAUUCAGGAUGCUGUCCGCUGAGCACAAGCACAUGUAGCGCUGGCGGAGACUACAUCAUGAACCCCAGCACCGGCGCCGACAUAAGCAAAUUCUCACAAUGCACAGUCGGCAACGUCUGCUCCGCACUUGGCCGGAACAGCGUCAACUCGGAAUGUCUCUCCGAUAACAAAGGCAUCGUCAGCUUUACCGGCGCUCAAUGCGGCAACGGCAUCGUCGAAGAAGGCGAGGACUGCGACUGCGGCGGCUCUGACAGCUGCGGUGAUAACGCGUGCUGUAACGCAAGCACCUGCAAGUUUACCGACGGGUCCGUCUGCGACGACGCCAACGAUGGCUGCUGCACCUCCUGCCAAUUCUCAGCCGCAAGCACCGUCUGCCGCCCCAGCACCGGCGAAUGCGACAUCCAAGAAACAUGUACGGGCAACUCCUCCACCUGCCCAACAGACACCUACAAAAAGGACGGCGACUCCUGUGGCUCAGGGGACCUUCAAUGCGCCAGCGGCCAAUGCACCAGCCGCGACGAACAAUGCCGCAACAUGCUGUCCUCGGAAUACGGCACAAACGACACCACCGCCUGCGACAAUAGCCAGUUUCCCUCGUGCCAGAUCUACUGCUCCGUCUCUGGGGGCUCAAGCUUCGGCACGAUCCAAUGCAUGACGAAUUCUCAGAACUACAUCGACGGCACGCCCUGCGAGAAUGGCGGGCGGUGCCGCAACGGCUCCUGCGAGGGCGGGAAAUCCUGGAUCGAGGCGCACAAGAAUAUCAUCAUCCCCGUUGUUGCAGGUGUCGGCGGGCUUAUCGUUCUCGCUAUUUUAAUCUGCCUCUUCAGACGCUGCAGAAGAUCCCGGUAUACCAUGAAACCAAUGCCACCUGUUCCAACUGCGUACGGCGCCUGGCCGCGCCAAAUGCCCCCUCAACCUCAGCAGACGCAAAUGCGAAGACUAUCCCGCUCCCCCGGGCCAGGAUACGGGCAGGUUCCCCAGGGUCCGCCGCCUCAGGGCCCCUAUCCGGGUCCGUACGGGCCUUACCCUGGACCUGGGCCUCAGCGUGGUCCAGGGCCUAUGCCGUCUCCGUAUCCUAGCUACCCUGAUGGCCCGCCGCCGGGAUACACGCAGACAGCGCGGUAUGCAUAG